AUGAUCAUCAGCCCUUACGAGGCCAACGCUUUGAUGCCCAAGAUACGAAAAUCACGUGUCGUCACUCUUCAUCUGUAUGCCCCACGCCAAAGCCGAGGAUUUCAGUCUUUGGAUAGACUAAAUUUAUACACGGUCCCCGACGAUGUUGUCAAAAUUGAGAUACCAGAUAUGUUCCGUAUCCUGCUCAACCUGUUUUCUGGGCAGCUGUACCUUGGAUCGUACUCCGAGUACAAGGACGUUUGUGAAUUCUUGGGGGUGGCAUCUGUGAAAACGCCGCCCGGUCUUGUUGUCGCUGCGGACGGAUUCAUCAAACGAGGUUUCCCUGGAGCGAAGACAGGCUUCAGUCAGAGCCCGCUCAAAUUCCUUGAGAUUUUAAUGUCACAGAUUAGGAAAGACUGCCAGCGGAUUGGACGGACGCAUAUUGGUAAAAUUGUCAGUGGUCAGUUGCUUUUUCCGCUCGACUUCGAAGAAUCAGCAACAGCAUCCAUAGAAGCCGGUCUUCGAAUGGCUAGUCUCGGUCCAUAA